UUUCGGUGCCCUUUCUUAUUUCGCUUCGUUUCCCUGUGCUUACCCGUUUGCUCGCUUCCAAUGGCCGCUUCGAGGGUUCUCCUCCGCCGAGGCGCCGCUGCCGCGCGCGGCCUUCUCCCGACCCACGCCCCGGAGACCACGGCUGCGCGAUUUCUUCAGGCUCAGCAUCACUCGUCCCAGUCUGAUUCGGCGGCCUCCAAGCCCAAGCGUACCAAGACCUUCUCCAUCUACCGGUGGAAUCCCGACCAGCCGGAGAAGCCGCAGCUUCAGAGCUACGAGAUCGAUCUCGGCGAGUGCGGCCCCAUGGUCCUUGACGCCCUCAUCAAGAUCAAGAACGAGAUCGACCCCUCCCUCACCUUCCGCCGCUCCUGCCGGGAGGGUAUCUGCGGCUCCUGCGCGAUGAACAUCGAUGGGGACAACGGCCUCGCCUGCCUCACUAAGAUCCCGUCCUCGUCCGCGGCCGCGACCACAAUCACGCCGCUGCCGCAUAUGUAUGUGGUCAAGGAUCUGGUGGUGGACAUGACCAACUUUUAUAGCCAGUAUAAGAGCGUGGAGCCGUGGCUCAAGAGGAAGGAUCCGCCGCCCAUCCCCGGGAAGGAGGUUCCUCAGAGCAAGAAGGAUCGCGCGAAGCUGGACGGGAUGUACGAGUGUAUCCUUUGCGCCUGCUGCAGCACCGCCUGCCCUAGCUACUGGUGGAAUCCUGAGACCUAUCUCGGGCCGGCUGCCCUCCUCCACGCCCACAGGUGGAUACAAGACAGCCGGGAUCAGUACACAAAGGAGCGUCUGGACGCCAUAAACGACGAGUUCAAGCUGUAUCGUUGCCACGCUAUCAUGAACUGUGCCCAUGCCUGCCCCAAGGGAUUGAACCCCGCAAAGCAAAUUGAAUCCAUCAAAAAGCUUCAGCUUCAGUAAGUUUUCCGUGAGAUCCCUCUUGUUUUGCAGUCACGGCAACAUGGAACGUUUACCAUUUGCAAUAAUAGCGUUCACCAAUGAGUUAUGUACUCAACUCUUAGCAUCCAAUUGUGCUUGAGAAUAAUGGCCCGCAACUUUUGUCUACUGUGGGCAGGACAUCACUCUAACAACGGUUUCAUGUUGAUUGUUGUUUGAUAUAAAACUAUAUUAGUAAUUGAACUUGGCAUUGUUGAAUA